AUGGCUAUGCAAACAUUCCGUUUUACAUUGUUUAUGGCUUUCGGCAUUUGGUUAUUAUACCAGAUCAAGCAAUUGUCCACAAAGAAGAGUGUCACUAGUGAGAUCUUCUCAAUCCAUCUCAACAACCAACGAAUUUCCAACAUAUUGGGACGAAAAGGGCGAGUCACACCACUGAAGUCGACUCACCGAGUCAACUCAGAAGUGAUCCUAUAUGAUACAAUGAAUAAUUCCGAGCCUGAAGAUGGGGAUUAUAGAUUUCUUGAUGAAAAUGGAAUUCCUGAGGCUGAUCGUGAAAAGUUGGUUGGAAAUGAGUCGACUCGGUCGGAAGACUGGAAAGAAGCAAACAGAGCAAUGGAUGAAAAAAAUCCAAGAAACAAUGACAUUGACUCGAGGGAAUUGGAUGAGUGUGAUGAACAUCUUGAUAAUUUAGUACUUGAAGAUGGAAGAGAUGAGAAAAGCGACGCAACAAAGGGUCCUAAAUCUCGAAAUAAGAUUUACCACACCCAAUUUUAG